AUGGCUGGCUCACUUAUAUCCUCGCGCUUCCGUGGGAACCAGCCGGAGUCGUCUCAGACGACUCCGUCAUGGUUCAAGGAGAAGAUCACACCGGGAUUGCUCUCCCUCUCCCGGCUUGCAUCGGCGCAUCCUAUACACACAGUGGCUGCUGUCGCCUUGCUGGUUAGCUCCUUAUAUAGCAGUCUGUUGGAAGACAGUAUAUUCGACAAGACCAAGUCUGUGGCAAAGGCAGACUGGUCAUCACUCACUGCCGGGAGUAGACGACUCUAUGCGGGCCCUCAGUCAGACUGGAACUGGCAGGCGGAGGUUCCAAACGCUCCAGUUUCCAGCGAUGUCGACCUUUCCAGUGAUAUCGACCAUACCGCGCUUCUGACUUUGAUAUUCCCGGAGUGGACAGACACCUUCUACGAGUCCCCGGCCACGCCCCUGCUCCAGUUGCCGAGCAACCUCUCUGUCACGCCUUUGCCCUCGACAUCCAAAUCAUUCAGCACCAACUCCAAGGAACACGUUCAUGCUUUCUCCCUCCCCUACAGCCAAGCAUCCGACUUCCUGGCAAUGGUCCAGGAAGUACCGAGCAGCAGCCCAGGACAGUGGAUAAUGAAGAAUGCACGAGCACAAACGCAGAACAGUCUAGCAGACCGAGCAAAAGAUGCUUGGGUCAGCUUCGUGGACCUCCUCAAGAAUACCCAAACGGCGGAUAUCGCCAUUAUGCUGCUGGGAUAUAUCUUCAUGCAUAUGACAUUCGCAUCGCUGUUCUUUUCCAUGUAUCGCAUGGGCUCUAAAUUCUGGCUUGCCACGAGUGUUUUGUUCUCAUCCACAUUUGCCUUCGUGCUUGGACUUUUCGUCACUGUGGAGCUUGGUGUACCCGUCAACAUGGUUCUCCUCUCUGAAGGCUUGCCAUUUUUGGUGGUCAUUGUCGGUUUCGAAAGGUAUAUCGGUCUAACGCGGGCUAUCCUAGAGCAUGCCAUGGAUCACCGCAGCCCCUCGGUUAACACACAGUCCGCCAUCGAGUCUGUCAUAACCGACAAGGGAUCAGAGAUCGCUAAGGAAUAUGCGAUAGAGAUCGGGAUUCUCGUAUUGGGAGCUUUAUCUGGGGUGCAGGGAGGGCUACAGCAGUUUUGCUUCUUAGCCGCAUGGACUUUGUUCUUUGAUGCCAUCUUUCUCUUUACAUUCUAUACGGCAAUCGUCUGCAUCAAGCUCGAAGUCAACCAGAUCAAGGGGUACACCGAUAUGCGUAAGGCGUUGGAAGACGACGGUAUCAGCUCCCAAACGGCCGAGGAUGUGGCUAGGAGCAGCCCGAGCAAGCCUGAAACGACGCUUUUCGGCAAGAGUGCGCAUGUUCCUCGAUUCAAGGUCCUUAUGGUAGGCGGUUUUCUCCUUGUCAACAUUGCCAGCAUGUGUAUGGUUCCUUUCCGCAAUACACACUCAGUUAAGGAUCUGGCUCGCGGACUGGGUGGUAUGGGCAUGUCUCCACCAGUGGAUCCCUUUAAGAUAGCCUCCCAUGGGCUCGACGUGAUCCUUGACAAGGCCAGGUCGAGCGGCCAAGAUACAUUUGUCACGGUCCUCGCCCCGGUCAAGUAUGAGUUGCACUACGGCUUUCCUGGAAUGGGGUCUUCCGAUGACAAUGGGGACAUGGCUUUCACCCUUGAUGGAUACGGUAUCGGCGGUCGUGUUGUUGGUGGCUUGCUCAAGAGCCUGGAUGAUCCGGUCUUUUGUAAGUGGGUGAUUGCCGCCCUGGUGCUGAGUGUUGUCCUCAACAGCCACCUCUUCAGUGCAGCUAGGCAGGGCGUUAAGAAUACUCCUGAGCAUUCCACUGAGUCAGAGAAGCCAGUCAAUGUGGUGUCUCGUAAUGUACCGUGCGAGUGCCAACGAGCUGUUGUUCCAACUAGCCCAGCAGCCGGGGAAGAAUUAGCGAUCAAGCGUACUCCAGAGGAAAUGGAAAUGAUGCUUGCAGAGAAACGCGCCGAUGAGUUAACCGAUGAGGAGGUUGUGGAGCUUUCUCUGCGCGGAAAAAUCCCCGGCUAUGCCUUGGAGAAGACCCUGAAAGACUUUACCCGCGCUGUUAAGAUUCGCCGCGCUGUCAUUUCCCGCACCAAGGCCACGGCAGAUACCACCAAUGCUCUGGAACACUCCAAGCUCCCGUAUGAGAACUAUAACUGGUCUCGGGUGUUCGGUGCAUGCUGUGAGAAUGUUGUAGGCUACAUGCCAGUCCCCGUUGGCUUUGCCGGGCCCUUAGUCAUUGACGGAAGGAGCUACUUCAUUCCUAUGGCGACUACUGAAGGUGUCCUUGUCGCGAGCGCGAGUAGAGGAAGCAAGGCCAUCAAUGCUGGCGGCGGUGCUGUAACCAUGUUGACAGCGGAUGGAAUGACCAGGGGUCCCUGUGUUAGCUUUCCAACCCUGGAUCGCGCGGGUGCUGCUAAGAUCUGGCUUGACUCCGAGGAAGGUCAGACGACAAUGCAAAAGGCCUUCAAUUCGACUACUCGCUUCGGGCGGCUCCAAUCCAUGACCACUGCGAUUGCAGGCACUAACCUUUACAUCCGUUUCAAAUCUACUACCGGCGAUGCUAUGGGAAUGAACAUGAUCUCCAAGGGCGUUGAGUACGCCCUGGAAGUGAUGAAGUCUGCCGGAUUUGAAGACAUGAAGAUCAUAACACUGAGUGGUAACUUCUGUGCCGACAAGAAGCCAGCAGCGAUCAACUGGAUUGAAGGACGUGGAAAGAGCGUUGUUGCAGAAGCCAUCAUUCCAGGAGAUGUUGUGAAGAGCGUGUUGAAGUCUGAUGUUGACUCCAUGGUCGAGCUCUUUGUAGCUAAGAACAUGAUCGGAUCGGCCAUGGCUGGGUCUAUAGGAGGAUUCAACGCACAUGCUGCUAACAUGGUAGCAGCGAUAUUUAUCGCGACGGGGCAGGAUCCGGCACAGGUUACAGAGAGUGCCAACUGUAUCACCAUCAUGAAGAACCUUCACGGCUCGCUCCAGAUCUCGGUCUCGAUGCCUUCUAUUGAAGUUGGUACACUAGGAGGUGGCACCAUCCUGGAACCUCAAAGCGCCAUGCUCGACAGUCUUGGAAUCCGAGGAUCGCAUCCCACCGAACCGGGAGCGAAUGCUCGGCAGCUCGCUCGCAUCAUCGCGGCAGCUACUUUAGCUGCGGAGUUGUCGCUCUGCGCCGCGCUGGCUGCUGGUCAUCUGGUUAAGGCACACAUGCAGCAUAAUCGUGCGCCUCCAUCCGGUGGAAAAUGA